AUGUCUGUCGUUUCCGCACUGACUCUGGGCCUGUUUGCCGCGUCGACCAAUGCGUUCCCAGCAUCGAAACAAGCGCCUCUGUUCCCGCAAGAUCACACCCAGAACUACAACUUCGGUCUCCGCCACGGUGCGCCAGACGGCUGCAAAGUCACCUCAGCGUCCUACCUCGUACGACACGGCGCCAUAUACGCGAACGAUGACGAGUACGAAGAAUACAUCAAGCCCGUAUUAUGGAAGCUCGAGAAGCACAGAGGCGGCUUCACCGGCUCGAUGGAGUUUCUGAACGACUGGCACUCGCCUAUUCUCGAAGAUCACCUCGAAGAUAUCACACCGUCAGGGAAGGAAGAUGCGAAGAAAGUCGGCCAGCAUCUCCUACAACUUUACCCUGACCUGGUUCCUACCACGAAGAGAAUACUUGCAGACAAGAAGCCCAGAACAUAUGACACUGCGGCGGCGAUGAUGCAGGCUUUUCCGAAGCCAGAAGAAAUUGAGAUCGUCCGCAUUACGCAAGAUGUGAAUGGAAGCAUGGAUUCGUUGAUCCCACACAAGGCAUGCCCAAAAUUCAACAAGAAGCCUGGGAAGAAACAGAUGGAGACAUUCCUCGAUUUGUAUGGCAAGAAGGCCGCAAGGCGCCUAGCAAAAGACACCGCGUUCGAGCUGAAGCCGGAAGACAUCCUGGGCCUGCAGUCCAUCUGCGGCUACCAAUCCGCGAUCGAGGGCAAGCGGUCGCCGCUUUGCGGCCUCUUCACCGACGAGGAGUGGAUGUCGUACGAAUACGCCUGGGAUUUGCGGUACGCAUACAUGGUUGGGCCACUCAAUCCAUUGUCGCCAUAUCUGGGUUUCCCAUGGCUCGAAUCUCAACUCGAGCUGCUGGACGAUAUACGCUCGGAGUCAGCGGUGCGCAAGGGUUGGCCCAAGGACCAAAACUUCUUCUUGAGCUUCACGCAUCGAGAGGUCCCCCCCUUUGUCGCGACAGCCUUGGGGAUCUUCAACUCUUCCUCGUCCGAGAUCGAAGAGUUUCCCACUGACAGAAUCAACUGGGUAAGAGCAUGGAAGAUGAGUGAUCUGAUCCCCUUCUUGGGCCAUGUAGGCAUGGAGAAGAUCACUUGUGGUGGCGACGGCAGUGCAGGGGCCAUGGAGGGCAACUUCAUACGGUUUGUCGCGAACACCGCGCCCAGACCGAUCCCACAGUGCCAGAGCGGACCAGGCGCAAGCUGUCCGUUUGAUGAGUUCAAGUACAUCAUCGAGCAGGGCGCGAAGAAGUAUAGCGAUUUCCAUGGGGUCUGCGGACCUAGUCCGAAGUCGGCCGAGGAGGAAUUAUAG